UGUGUAGACUUGUAGACACUUAAUUCAGAUACUCCAGCAGAAAUGAAUUUCAGUACGUUUUCAACCGAGUUGUGUGUCGGUCGCAUUUAAUCCGCAUUUCUAUAUUUUUUUACCCUGAUUUUUUAUAAGAAGAAAUAAAGACAUAUACAUUCCCUAAAUUAAGAUUAAUUGUUGAUUCUGUGGUUCGUUGCGGUGACUGUUAUUAGGUGGUGACGUUGUGAAAUUUUAUUCAGUGAAAAUAUAUACAUACAUAUAUGUAUAUUAAUAUUUAAGGUGCAUAUAAGUUUUUAAUUUGAAUAUUAAAAAUAUCCAUACGCAAAAAAAUUUUAUAUAAAAAAAAAUAAUAAUAAUAAAAAAUGGUGUCUAAAAAUAAUAAGAAAAAAACCGGUAGUAAUGCUGGGGAUAAGAAAAGCCAGAUAUCAAAAGUAUCUGAAGCCUCUGCAACCGAAAUUUUAAAUCCCACAGUCGGUAAAAAUAAACAUUCCGAAGAAUUAUCAAUUAUGUCUAAAAACAAAAGUAUCACACAAACUAGUAAAUUUAAGCACUCAUCGACUGAAAAAUCCUCUCAAUAUUCUGAGUUUUCGGAUACGAAAAUCAUUCCAGCAGAUGUAUCAUUUGAUACAAAUCCUUUGAUCGAGGAUAUUAUUAAUUUACCAUCAACAUCGGGUACUAAAAUGUCUUCAGCAUCAAACGAACAAAGUUUUGAAACAACUUCAAGCACAAACGAAAAUAAAGAAGGACUCAUAACAACAUCAUCCGAAUCAAAAGCACAAAAAUCCCAAUCAGCUUCCAUAGUAACAGAUAACCAAGAACUUACGACUAUCUCAUCAGAUUCGAAAUUUCAAAAAACUCAUUCAACAAGUUUAAUGGAGAGCCAAGGACCAACAACAACAAGAAUGAUUUCAGACAAAAAUAGUGAACACUCGCAAACUGCCUUAGGGGUUUCAACUUUUUCAUCAAAAUCAGAGCAGUAUAAAUCGCAUAGCUCGAAUACAAUGAAAAGUGAGAAAAUUUCUCUGAGUGAGGGCGCUUCCGCCACAUCAACCACUCAUGCAUCGGGCAGUAUUGUUUCUAGUUCAAAUGAACAAAGUUCAAAAUCGAUUAAUAUUUCUAGCAUUGAGCAAUCAUCAUCAUCACACAGCCAAACCAAUAUAUCUGAUCAACUUGCUACCACCAUAUCAUCGACCGAUUCAGCAGCUUAUACAAACUCAAAAGCCCAUUCAUCAUCGUCGACUACUCAACAGUCGUCAUCAACAUCAAAUAUACUUGCUUCCUCACAUUCAAGCACCUCUAUUUCCAAGAGGUCCUCUGAAUCAACUUCUAUUACAAAUGAACAAAAUGUUGUACAACGCAUGUCCGACAAUCAAACCGAAACUAAAAAUCAAUUAUUGCUGCAAAGUGCAGGAAAUAAUAAAAUUAGUCAGAAAAAUGUAGAAUCUAUUGAGUCAGUUGCAAAAGAGCAAGUUUUUGAUCAUAAAACAAAAACUUGGACUGAUUUUAAUGAAAAGACUAUUGUUAAAAAUCAACCAUCUUUGUUACGUUACGUCAGCCAAGAUUCGGAUGGAUCCUAUAAAGUAACAUACAAGAAAAAAAUAUUUGACCGCAGGAACAACAAGUGGAAGGUGGUAGAGCAGAAAGUAGUUGACAGUGCACAUGAUGUAGGCUACCCUGAAAUAGGCGAUGAUGUCACCAACAGCACAACCACAACUUAUACCACAAAAGUUUACGACACAAAGCUUGGCAAGUGGAAAAUCGUCGACGAAAAAUCGUAUGUGGACCCAAAAGCUUUCGUUCCCACUGAUAUUGCUCGUGAGAUAGAGAAAGAUAAUACCGAUGUAGCUAAUAUAACAACUACCACAGAAGUGACAAAGAUAUUUGAUGCCAGCAUCAACGAUUGGCGUGUUGUUGACGAACGAACUCAUACAGACGUUAUAGAAAAAAUAGUCGAUCCACCAAAGAAAAUAGUUUAUGUUGACGAAUAUACCAACAUCGAGAAAGAUACUCAAUAUCUGGAAAAUAUUAAAAACGUAACUGACAUAUCUAACAAAUACUCAGAACAUAAACAUAUUUCGAAAAAUAUAUACGAUGAAGUGGAUCAUGUUGCCCGUGACACCAGAAAUACUUCAAUGCAUCUCGAUUCACGAACCAUUGGAGUCGGUAACAGUAAGAAGACAAUGUCUACAUCUCAUCAACAGAACGAAAAGUGCAUUUGUGAAAUUUGUACAUGCGGUCGGCACCACUGCAUCAACAGUCAAACGAAAUCAACCGAGUAUAAUAAUAAAUUAACUAACCGCGAAGAUAUCAACAUUACUCAUAGUGAACAACAUGACACAUCUGAAGAAAAAUCAACUAUUCGAAGAAACACAUGGACCAAAUCCGAUAUUAAAAACGCUAAACUGGGAAUUAAAAACGACUCUUUUUCAAAAUGUGAUACAGAAUCUCAAAGUGAAGCACAAAACGUUUCAAAAAUUAUAAACUCAAUAGAUCUUCCAACGGUGAAAUCUGGAGAUAAUUUGAAAUCAGGAAACGAAUACACAUACAAUGACCGUUUGCAAAAAGAAGAAGAAACCACACUUCAACAAUCAAAAGAUUUCAUAUCGUUAACACGAAGGAAAGCAUACACACCGAAGGAUAAUUUGUUCUUAGAAGGAACAUCGUACUUUUGUCCCGAAAAUUCAUACAAGGUAACAGAGCCUCUUGAUAGCCCCGUUGCAUAUGGCAACCAAAGACCCAUUCAAAAGCGCCCUGUUGACAACCUUAAACUAGAAGGAGAGUUUACGGUACACAAAAAGGAAGCUUUCCAAAGUGCUGAAAAAACAAUCCGUAUUAUUCAUGAAGAUAAUCUAAAAACAGAAGGUGAAAUGUCAUUUGAAGAAAAACAUGAAUAUCAGUAUGUAACAAGGCCUGAUCAAGUUAGACAUUUAGAUAACUUGAAACCUGAAGGUGAAUUUUAUACUCCAGACAAAGUUAAGUUCCAGCCAGCAGACAGACCAAGUCAAAAGCGACCCGAGGAUAAUCUUUACCCAGAGGGCGAAUUUUAUUCUCCAGAGAAAGGCAAAUACAGGCCAGCUGAGAGGCCAGUUCAAAAGAAACCAGAAGAUAACUUGCAUCCUGAAGGAGAGUUCUAUACGCCAGAUAAAAGUUCUUUUAAGCCUGCUGAAAGGCCUGUCCAAAAACGACCAGAAGAUAACCUCCGUCCUGACGGUGAUUUUUAUGCUCCCCAAAAAGAACCAUUUCGGCCCGCAGAAAAGACUAUUCAAAUUAUUCGAGAAGAUAAUUUGAAAACAGAAGGUGAAAUGACAUUUGACGAAAAACGAGAAUAUCGUUUUGUAAGCAGACCCGAUCAAGUAAGACCUUCUGACAAUUUGAAACCCGAAGGAGAAUUUUAUACUCCAGAAAAAUCUUCCUAUAAGGCUGCCGAAAGGCCUGUCCAAAAACGCCCUGAAGACAAUCUCCACCCAGAAGGUGAAUUUUACUCUCCAGAAAAAGAAAAAUACAGACCAGCUGAAAGACCAGUACAAAAAAAACCUGAGGACAACCUGCGGCCUGAGGGCGAAUUCCAUACUCCCGAAAAGGCUAAGUUUCAACCAGCUGAAAGGCCGAAACAAAAGAGACCAGAAGAUAAUCUCCGUCCUGAUGGUGAGUUUUGCGCUCCCGAAAAGGAACAGUUCCGACCUGCUGAAAAAACUGUUAGGAUUAUCCGUGAGGAUAAUUUGAAAACAGAAGGCGAAAUGACUUUUGAAGAAACACGUGAAUAUCAAUUUGUGACAAGGCCAGAUAAAGUUAGACCUUUGGACAACUUGAAAACUGAAGGUGAAUUCUAUACUCCAGAUAAAGUUAAGUUCCAGCCAGCAGAGAGGCCAAGUCAAAAGCGACCAGAAGAUAACUUACAUCCUGAAGGAGAAUUCUAUGCUCCAGAUAAACCUUCGUUUAAGCCUGCCGAAAGGCCUGUCCAAAAGCGUCCCGAAGACAAUCUUCGCCCAGAAGGAGAAUUUUACUCCCCAGAAAAGGAAAAAUACAGGCCCGCUGAGAGGCCACUUCAGAAGAAACCUGAAGAUAAUCUCCGCCCUGAGGGUGAAUUCCAUACUCCCGAAAAAAAUAAGUUUAAACCCGCUGAAAGGCCUGUUCAGAAGCGUCCUGAAGACAAUCUCCGUCCUGAUGGUGAAUUUUACGCACCUGAAAAGCAACCGUUCCGACCUGCUGAAAAAACUGUUAGGAUCAUUCGUGAAGAUAAUUUGAAAACAGAAGGAGAAAUGACGUUUGAAGAAAAACGUGAAUAUCACUUUGUGACAAGGCCAGAUCAAGUUAGACCUACGGACAACUUGAAACCUGAAGGUGAAUUCUAUACUCCAGACAAAGUUAAGUUCCAGCCAGCAGAGAGGCCAAGUCAAAAGCGACCAGAAGACAACUUACAUCCUCAAGGAGAAUUCUAUGCUCCAGACAGACCCUCGUUUAAGCCUGCCGAAAGACCGGUCCAAAAGCGUCCCGAAGACAAUCUUCGCCCAGAAGGAGAAUUUUACUCCCCAGAAAAAGAAAAAUACAGACCAGCUGAGAGGCCAAUUCAGAAGAAACCUGAAGACAAUUUGCGGCCUGAGGGUGAAUUCCACACUCCUGAGAAAUCUAAAUUUCAACCAGCUGAAAGGCCGAAACAAAAGAGACCAGAAGACAACUUGCACCCUGAAGGAGAAUUCUAUGCUCCAGACAGACCCUCGUUUAAGCCUGCCGAAAGACCGGUCCAAAAGCGUCCCGAAGACAAUCUUCGCCCAGAAGGAGAAUUUUACUCCCCAGAAAAAGAAAAAUACAGGCCCGCUGAGAGGCCAGUUCAGAAGAAACCUGAAGAUAAUCUCCGCCCUGAGGGUGAAUUCCAUACUCCCGAAAAAAAUAAGUUUAAACCCGCUGAAAGGCCUGUUCAGAAGCGUCCUGAAGACAAUCUCCGUCCUGAUGGUGAAUUUUACGCUCCUGAAAAGCAACCGUUCCGACCUGCUGAAAAAACUGUUAGGAUUAUUCGUGAAGAUAAUUUGAAAACAGAAGGAGAAAUGACGUUUGAAGAAAAACAUGAAUAUCACUUUGUGACAAGGCCAGAUCAAGUUAGACCUACGGACAACUUGAAACCUGAAGGUGAAUUCUAUACUCCAGACAAAGUUAAGUUCCAGCCAGCAGAGAGGCCAAGUCAAAAGCGACCAGAAGACAACUUACAUCCUGAAGGAGAAUUCUAUGCUCCAGACAGACCCUCGUUUAAGCCUGCCGAAAGACCGGUCCAAAAGCGUCCCGAAGACAAUCUUCGCCCAGAAGGAGAAUUUUACUCCCCAGAAAAAGAAAAAUACAGACCAGCUGAGAGGCCAAUUCAGAAGAAACCUGAAGACAAUUUGCGGCCUGAGGGUGAAUUCCACACUCCUGAGAAAUCUAAAUUUCAACCAGCUGAAAGGCCGAAACAAAAGAGACCAGAAGACAACUUGCACCCUGAAGGAGAAUUCUAUGCUCCAGACAGACCCUCGUUUAAGCCUGCCGAAAGACCGGUCCAAAAGCGUCCCGAAGACAAUCUUCGCCCAGAAGGAGAAUUUUACUCCCCAGAAAAAGAAAAAUACAGACCAGCUGAGAGGCCAGUUCAGAAGAAACCUGAAGACAAUUUGCGGCCUGAGGGUGAAUUCCACACUCCUGAAAAAGCUAAAUUUAAACCCGCUGAAAGGCCUGUUCAGAAACGUCCUGAAGACAAUCUCCGUCCUGACGGUGAAUUUUAUACUCCUGAAAAGCAACCAUUCCGACCUGCUGAAAAAACUGUUAGGAUUAUUCGUGAAGAUAAUUUGAAAACAGAAGGAGAAAUGACGUUUGAAGAAAAACGUGAAUAUCACUUUGUGACAAGGCCAGAUCAAGUUAGACCUACGGACAACUUGAAACCUGAAGGUGAAUUCUAUACUCCAGACAAAGUUAAGUUCCAGCCAGCAGAGAGGCCCAGUCAAAAGCGACCAGAAGACAACUUACAUCCUGAAGGAGAAUUCUAUGCUCCAGAUAAACCUUCGUUUAAGCCUGCCGAAAGGCCUGUCCAAAAGCGUCCCGAAGACAAUCUUCGCCCAGAAGGAGAAUUUUACUCCCCAGAAAAGGAAAAAUACAGGCCCGCUGAGAGGCCAGUUCAGAAGAAACCUGAGGACAACCUCCGUCCAGAGGGUGAAUUCCAUACUCCCGAAAAAGCUAAAUUUCAACCAGCUGAAAGGCCGAAGCAAAAGAGACCAGAAGACAACUUGCACCCUGAAGGAGAAUUCUAUGCUCCAGACAGACCCUCGUUUAAGCCUGCCGAAAGACCGGUCCAAAAGCGUCCCGAAGACAAUCUUCGCCCAGAAGGAGAAUUUUACUCCCCAGAAAAGGAAAAAUACAGGCCCGCUGAGAGGCCAGUUCAGAAGAAACCUGAGGACAACCUCCGUCCAGAGGGUGAAUUCCAUACUCCCGAAAAAGCUAAAUUUCAACCAGCUGAAAGGCCGAAACAAAAGAGACCAGAAGACAACUUGCACCCUGAAGGAGAAUUCUAUGCUCCAGAUAAACCUUCGUUUAAGCCUGCCGAAAGGCCUGUCCAAAAGCGUCCCGAAGAUAAUCUUCGCCCAGAAGGAGAAUUUUACUCCCCAGAAAAGGAAAAAUACAGGCCCGCUGAGAGGCCAGUUCAGAAGAAACCUGAAGACAAUUUGCGGCCUGAGGGUGAAUUCCAUACUCCCGAGAAAUCUAAAUAUCAACCAGCUGAAAGGCCUGUACAGAAGCGUCCUGAAGACAAUCUCCGUCCUGAUGGUGAAUUUUAUGCUCCUGAAAAGCAACCAUUCCGACCUGCUGAAAAAACUGUUAGGAUUAUUCGUGAAGAUAAUUUGAAAACAGAAGGAGAAAUGACGUUUGAAGAAAAACGUGAAUAUCACUUUGUGACAAGGCCAGAUCAAGUUAGACCUACGGACAACUUGAAACCUGAAGGUGAAUUCUAUACUCCAGACAAAGUUAAGUUCCAGCCAGCAGAGAGGCCAAGUCAAAAGCGACCAGAAGACAACUUACAUCCUGAAGGAGAAUUCUAUGCUCCAGAUAAACCUUCGUUUAAGCCUGCCGAAAGGCCUGUCCAAAAGCGUCCCGAAGACAAUCUUCGCCCAGAAGGAGAAUUUUACUCCCCAGAAAAGGAAAAAUACAGGCCCGCUGAGAGGCCAGUUCAGAAGAAACCUGAGGACAACUUGCGGCCAGAGGGUGAAUUCCAUACUCCCGAGAAAUCUAAAUAUCAACCAGCUGAAAGGCCUGUUCAGAAGCGACCUGAAGACAAUCUCCGUCCUGAUGGUGAAUUUUAUGCUCCUGAAAAGCAACCAUUCCGACCUGCUGAAAAAACUGUUAGGAUUAUUCGUGAAGAUAAUUUGAAAACAGAAGGAAAAAUGACGUUUGAAGAAAAACGUGAAUAUCACUUUGUGACAAGGCCAGAUCAAGUUAGACCUACGGACAACUUGAAACCUGAAGGUGAAUUCUAUACUCCAGACAAAGUAAAGUUCCAGCCAGCAGAGAGGCCAAGUCAAAAGCGACCAGAAGACAACCUGCAUCCUGAAGGAAAAUUCUAUGCUCCAGAUAAACCUUCGUUUAAGCCUGCCGAAAGGCCUGUCCAAAAGCGUCCCGAAGACAAUCUUCGCCCAGAAGGAGAAUUUUACUCCCCAGAAAAGGAAAAAUACAGGCCCGCUGAGAGGCCAGUUCAGAAGAAACCUGAGGACAACCUCCGUCCAGAGGGUGAAUUCCAUACUCCCGAAAAAGCUAAAUUUCAACCAGCUGAAAGGCCGAAACAAAAGAGACCAGAAGACAACUUGCACCCUGAAGGAGAAUUCUAUGCUCCAGACAGACCCUCGUUUAAGCCUGCCGAAAGACCGGUCCAAAAGCGUCCCGAAGACAAUCUUCGCCCAGAAGGAGAAUUUUACUCCCCAGAAAAGGAAAAAUACAGGCCCGCUGAGAGGCCAGUUCAGAAGAAACCUGAGGACAACCUCCGUCCAGAGGGUGAAUUCCAUACUCCCGAAAAAGCUAAAUUUCAACCAGCUGAAAGGCCGAAACAAAAGAGACCAGAAGACAACUUGCACCCUGAAGGAGAAUUCUAUGCUCCAGAUAAACCUUCGUUUAAGCCUGCCGAAAGGCCUGUCCAAAAGCGUCCCGAAGACAAUCUUCGCCCAGAAGGAGAAUUUUACUCCCCAGAAAAGGAAAAAUACAGGCCCGCUGAGAGGCCAGUUCAGAAGAAACCUGAGGACAACCUCCGUCCAGAGGGUGAAUUCCACACUCCUGAAAAAGCUAAAUUUCAACCCGCUGAAAGGCCUGUUCAGAAACGUCCUGAAGACAAUCUCCGUCCUGACGGUGAAUUUUAUGCUCCUGAAAAGCAACCAUUCCGGCCUGCUGAAAAAACUGUUAGGAUUAUUCGUGAAGAUAAUUUGAAAACAGAAGGAGAAAUGACGUUUGAAGAAAAACGUGAAUAUCACUUUGUGACAAGGCCAGAUCAAGUUAGACCUACGGACAACUUGAAACCUGAAGGUGAAUUCUAUACUCCAGACAAAGUUAAGUUCCAGCCAGCAGAGAGGCCAAGUCAAAAGCGACCAGAAGACAACCUGCAUCCUGAAGGAGAAUUCUAUGCUCCAGAUAAACCUUCGUUUAAGCCUGCCGAAAGGCCUGUCCAAAAGCGUCCCGAAGACAAUCUUCGCCCAGAAGGAGAAUUUUACUCCCCAGAAAAAGAAAAAUACAGGCCCGCUGAGAGGCCAGUUCAGAAGAAACCUGAGGACAACCUCCGUCCAGAGGGUGAAUUCCAUACUCCCGAAAAAGCUAAAUUUCAACCAGCUGAAAGGCCGAAACAAAAGAGACCAGAAGACAACUUGCACCCUGAAGGAGAAUUCUAUGCUCCAGACAGACCCUCGUUUAAGCCUGCUGAAAGACCGGUCCAAAAGCGUCCCGAAGACAAUCUUCGCCCAGAAGGAGAAUUUUAUUCCCCAGAAAAGGAAAAAUACAGGCCCGCUGAGAGGCCAGUUCAGAAGAAACCUGAGGACAACCUCCGUCCAGAGGGUGAAUUCCAUACUCCCGAAAAAGCUAAAUUUCAACCAGCUGAAAGGCCGAAACAAAAGAGACCAGAAGACAACUUGCACCCUGAAGGAGAAUUCUAUGCUCCAGACAGACCCUCGUUUAAGCCUGCCGAAAGACCGGUCCAAAAGCGCCCCGAAGACAAUCUUCGCCCAGAAGGAGAAUUUUACUCCCCAGAAAAGGAAAAAUACAGGCCCGCUGAGAGGCCAGUUCAGAAGAAACCUGAGGACAACCUCCGUCCAGAGGGUGAAUUCCAUACUCCCGAAAAAGCUAAAUUUCAACCAGCUGAAAGGCCGAAACAAAAGAGACCAGAAGACAACUUGCACCCUGAAGGAGAAUUCUAUGCUCCAGAUAAACCUUCGUUUAAGCCUGCCGAAAGGCCUGUCCAAAAGCGUCCCGAAGACAAUCUUCGCCCAGAAGGAGAAUUUUACUCCCCAGAAAAGGAAAAAUACAGGCCCGCUGAGAGGCCAGUUCAGAAGAAACCUGAGGACAACCUCCGUCCAGAGGGUGAAUUCCACACUCCUGAAAAAGCUAAAUUUCAACCCGCUGAAAGGCCUGUUCAGAAACGUCCUGAAGACAAUCUCCGUCCUGACGGUGAAUUUUAUGCUCCUGAAAAGCAACCAUUCCGACCUGCUGAAAAAACUGUUAGGAUUAUUCGUGAAGAUAAUUUGAAAACAGAAGGAGAAAUGACGUUUGAAGAAAAACGUGAAUAUCACUUUGUGACAAGGCCAGAUCAAGUUAGACCUACGGACAACUUGAAACCUGAAGGUGAAUUCUAUACUCCAGACAAAGUUAAGUUCCAGCCAGCAGAGAGGCCAAUUCAAAAGCGACCAGAAGACAACUUGCAUCCUGAAGGAGAAUUCUAUGCUCCAGAUAAACCUUCGUUUAAGCCUGCCGAAAGGCCUGUCCAAAAGCGUCCCGAAGACAAUCUUCGCCCAGAAGGAGAAUUUUACUCCCCAGAAAAAGAAAAAUACAGGCCCGCUGAGAGGCCAGUUCAGAAGAAACCUGAGGACAACCUCCGUCCAGAGGGUGAAUUCCAUACUCCCGAAAAAGCUAAAUUUCAACCAGCUGAAAGGCCGAAACAAAAGAGACCAGAAGACAACUUGCACCCUGAAGGAGAAUUCUAUGCUCCAGACAGACCCUCGUUUAAGCCUGCCGAAAGACCGGUCCAAAAGCGUCCCGAAGACAAUCUUCGCCCAGAAGGAGAAUUUUACUCCCCAGAAAAGGAAAAAUACAGGCCCGCUGAGAGGCCAGUUCAGAAGAAACCUGAGGACAACCUCCGUCCAGAGGGUGAAUUCCAUACUCCCGAAAAAGCUAAAUUUCAACCAGCUGAAAGGCCGAAACAAAAGAGACCAGAAGACAACUUGCACCCUGAAGGAGAAUUCUAUGCUCCAGAUAAACCUUCGUUUAAGCCUGCCGAAAGGCCUGUCCAAAAGCGUCCCGAAGACAAUCUUCGCCCAGAAGGAGAAUUUUACUCCCCAGAAAAGGAAAAAUACAGGCCCGCUGAGAGGCCAGUUCAGAAGAAACCUGAGGACAACCUCCGUCCAGAGGGUGAAUUCCAUACUCCCGAAAAAGCUAAAUUUCAACCAGCUGAAAGGCCGAAACAAAAGAGACCAGAAGACAACUUGCACCCUGAAGGAGAAUUCUAUGCUCCAGAUAAACCUUCGUUUAAGCCUGCCGAAAGGCCUGUCCAAAAGCGUCCCGAAGACAAUCUUCGCCCAGAAGGAGAAUUUUACUCCCCAGAAAAGGAAAAAUACAGGCCCGCUGAGAGGCCAGUUCAGAAGAAACCUGAGGACAACCUCCGUCCAGAGGGUGAAUUCCACACUCCUGAAAAAGCUAAAUUUCAACCCGCUGAAAGGCCUGUUCAGAAACGUCCUGAAGACAAUCUCCGUCCUGACGGUGAAUUUUAUGCUCCUGAAAAGCAACCAUUCCGGCCUGCUGAAAAAACUGUUAGGAUUAUUCGUGAAGAUAAUUUGAAAACAGAAGGAGAAAUGACGUUUGAAGAAAAACGUGAAUAUCACUUUGUGACAAGGCCAGAUCAAGUUAGACCUACGGACAACUUGAAACCUGAAGGUGAAUUCUAUACUCCAGACAAAGUUAAGUUCCAGCCAGCAGAGAGGCCAAGUCAAAAGCGACCAGAAGACAACUUACAUCCUGAAGGAGAAUUCUAUGCUCCAGACAGACCCUCGUUUAAGCCUGCUGAAAGACCGGUCCAAAAGCGUCCCGAAGACAAUCUUCGCCCAGAAGGAGAAUUUUAUUCCCCAGAAAAGGAAAAAUACAGGCCCGCUGAGAGGCCAGUUCAGAAGAAACCUGAGGACAACCUCCGUCCAGAGGGUGAAUUCCAUACUCCCGAAAAAGCUAAAUUUCAACCAGCUGAAAGGCCGAAACAAAAGAGACCAGAAGACAACUUGCACCCUGAAGGAGAAUUCUAUGCUCCAGAUAAACCUUCGUUUAAGCCUGCCGAAAGGCCGAUCCAAAAGCGUCCCGAAGACAAUCUUCGCCCAGAAGGAGAAUUUUACUCCCCAGAAAAGGAAAAAUACAGGCCCGCUGAGAGACCAGUUCAGAAGAAACCUGAAGACAAUCUUCGUCCUGAGGGUGAAUUCCACACUCCUGAAAAAGCUAAAUUUAAACCCGCUGAAAGGCCUGUUCAGAAACGCCCUGAAGACAAUCUCCGUCCUGACGGUGAAUUUUAUACUCCUGAAAAGCAACCAUUCCGACCUGCUGAAAAAACUGUUAGGAUUAUUCGUGAAGAUAAUUUGAAAACAGAAGGAGAAAUGACGUUUGAAGAAAAACAUGAAUAUCACUUUGUGACAAGGCCAGAUCAAGUUAGACCUACGGACAACUUGAAACCUGAAGGUGAAUUCUAUACUCCAGACAAAGUUAAGUUCCAGCCAGCAGAGAGGCCAAGUCAAAAGCGACCAGAAGACAACUUACAUCCUGAAGGAGAAUUCUAUGCUCCAGACAGACCCUCGUUUAAGCCUGCUGAAAGACCGGUCCAAAAGCGUCCCGAAGACAAUCUUCGCCCAGAAGGAGAAUUUUAUUCCCCAGAAAAGGAAAAAUACAGGCCCGCUGAGAGACCAGUUCAGAAGAAACCUGAAGACAAUCUGCGGCCUGAGGGUGAAUUCCACACGCCCGAGAAAUCUAAAUUUCAACCAGCUGAAAGGCCGAAACAAAAGAGACCAGAAGACAACUUGCACCCUGAAGGAGAAUUCUAUGCUCCAGACAGACCAUCGUUUAAGCCUGCCGAAAGACCGGUCCAAAAGCGUCCCGAAGACAAUCUUCGCCCAGAAGGAGAAUUUUACUCCCCAGAAAAAGAAAUAUACAGACCAGCUGAGAGGCCAGUUCAGAAGAAACCUGAAGACAACCUCCGUCCAGAGGGUGAAUUCCACACUCCUGAAAAAGCUAAAUUUAAACCCGCUGAAAGGCCUGUUCAGAAACGCCCUGAAGACAAUCUCCGUCCUGACGGUGAAUUUUAUACUCCUGAAAAGCAACCAUUCCGACCUGCUGAAAAAACUGUUAGGAUUAUUCGUGAAGAUAAUUUGAAAACAGAAGGAGAAAUGACGUUUGAAGAAAAACGUGAAUAUCACUUUGUGACAAGGCCAGAUCAAGUUAGACCUACGGACAACUUGAAACCUGAAGGUGAAUUCUAUACUCCAGACAAAGUUAAGUUCCAGCCAGCAGAGAGGCCAAGUCAAAAGCGACCAGAAGACAACUUACAUCCUGAAGGAGAAUUCUAUGCUCCAGACAGACCCUCGUUUAAGCCUGCUGAAAGACCGGUCCAAAAGCGUCCCGAAGACAAUCUUCGCCCAGAAGGAGAAUUUUAUUCCCCAGAAAAGGAAAAAUACAGGCCCACUGAGAGGCCAGUUCAGAAGAAACCUGAGGACAACCUCCGUCCAGAGGGUGAAUUCCAUACUCCCGAGAAAGCCAAAUUUCAGACAGCAGAAAGGCCGAAACAAAAGAGACCAGAAGACAACUUGCACCCUGAAGGAGAAUUCUAUGCUCCAGAUAAACCUUCGUUUAAGCCUGCCGAAAGGCCUGUCCAAAAGCGUCACGAAGACAAUCUUCGCCCUGAAGGAGAAUUUUAUUCCCCAGAAAAAGAAAAUUUCAGGCCUGCUGAGAGACCAGUACAAAAGAAACCUGAGGACAAUCUUCGUCCUGAGGGUGAGUUUUAUGCUCCUGAAAAGCAACCAUUUAGACAUGCUGACAAAACUUUUAGAGUUAUUCGUGAAGAUAAUUUGAAAACCGAAGGUGAAAUGACAUUUGAAGAAAAACGUGAAUACCAAUUUGUUAGAAGACCAGAUCAAGUAAGGCACAUGGAUAAUUUGAAACCUGAAGGUGAAUUCAACACUCCAGAUAAAGUUAAGUUCCAGCCAGGAGAAAGGCCAAGUCAAAAGCGCCCUGAAGAUAAUUUGCGCUCAGAAGGUGAAUUUUACUCUCCAGAAAAAGAAAAGUACCUUCCAUCUGAACGGCCAAUUCAGAAGAAGCCUGAAGACAAUCUUCGCCCUGAGGGUGAGUUCUAUGCUCCUGAAAAACAACCGUUUAGACCUGCUGACAAAACUGUUAGGAUUAUUCAUGAAGAUAAUUUGAAAACAGAAGGUAAAAUGACAUUUGAAGAAAAACGUGACUAUCAAUUUGUGACAAGACCGGAUCAAGUAAGGCAAAUCGAUAAUUUGAAACCUGAAGGUGAAUUCUAUAUUCCAGACAAAGUCAAGUUUCAGCCAGGAGAGAGGCCAAGUCAAAAGCGUCCAGAAGACAACUUGCACCCAGAAGGAGAAUUUUAUGCUCCAGACAAAACUUCAUUUAAACCUGCUGAAAAGCCCGUCCAAAAGCGUCCAGUCGAUAAUUUGCGUUCGGAAGGUGAAUUUUAUUCUCCUGAAAAGGUUGAGUACAGCCCUGGAGAAAGGCCUGUCCAAAAACGGCCUAAAGACAAUCUCAAACAACAGGGAAAGUUUACAACACCUGUAAGGGAACCCUUCCGACCAGCAGAAAAAACUGUUCGAAUUGUUCAUGAAGACAAUUUGAAGACAGAGGGUGAAAUGUCUUUUGAGGAGAAACGUGAAUAUAAAUUCGUUACAAGGCCAGAUCAGGUUAGGCCUGUUGAUAAUCUUAAACCAGAAGGUGAAUUUUACUCACCAGAAAAGAAUGUUUUGAAAUCUGGAGACAUUUCAAAACAAAAGAGGGUUGAACAUACAAGUGAUACCGUUGACUCAGUUGUUAUGAGCACACAGACGAAAAACAAGACUCAUGGACCCGUUACACCUUUUAAGCCCAAGGAUAAUCUUAAAUUGGAAGGUGAAAUGAGUGUUUACAAAAGAGAUCAAUUUCAACUUAAUACAACCAUCGAAAAGGUUGAACAAGUUUUCCAAACAGACAAGAUUCAUAGUGAAAACUUAAAGACAGUCAAACAUAUUCAAGAACAUAAGCAAGGUAGAAGGCCAGAACCAAUAAAACCUGUAGAUAACUUACGUUUAGAAGGGGAAAUUUACUCUAAGGAAAGCCCUAAAUAUCAUCCUGCUGAAAAACAAUUUCCUAAAAAACCGGUAGAUAAUUUGAAAUUAGAAGGCAGCUUGACAAUUCAAAAGAAUUCUUCAAAGACAAGCAAUAUGACUAAGGAAAUAAACAGUUCAACAAUUUCAAGAACAGUUGCUUCUAAGCCCAGGGACAAUCUUCGACCAGAAGGUCAACUUGAAUUUCCAAGUAAGGUCGUCAUGAAUUCUAAAACCACAUCCGACUCGGCAACCUAUAACAGAUCCUUGGUAACAAAAUCAAAGCAUACGCACAAUAAGUCUUCAAUUUCUCUAGGGACGGAUGAGUCUAUUUUGAAAACAACCAACCAGAUAAGCUUCGUCAAUGCAAAGUCUGCAGUAAGUGCUAGUGAUAUGACCACGGGUAAGCCUACUGAUGGAUUAGUUGUAGUUUCUACAAAGAAAGUUACAACUGUUGUAAGCAAUAAAAAUCGUAAAGAGCCCGAAACGCAAUAUAUUAAGAGGCAAGAAAAGGUCAAUAUUAUUGAGAAAACUUCUAAGGCCAAGCAAGAAACUAAUAUUGUCAAUUCGUCUGAUAUAAAAGAAUCUUCUGAAACUGUUACUAUUAAUAAAAUAAACCAACCAAUUCAAUUAGCUUCACAUACUCAGAUACAACAAUCGCAAAAUGAUAGCUUGGCAGUUUCCUCAUCAACUUCUAAAUCGUCAAAUCAAACAAACUCUUUUUCAAAGUCUUCAUCAAGUUCUUCUGUACUAAAUCAAUCUUCCCAGCUCCGAGGUGCACAAAAUGAAAAUUCAGCCAUUGCCUCUUCAUCAAGUAAAUCAUCAAACAAGAUAAAUUCCUUUUCAAAGUCUGCAUCAAGUUCUUCUUCAAUAAAUCAAUCGAUUCAGUUACAAAGCACGCAAAAUGAAAGUUCAGCCAUUUCUUCUUCAACUAGUAAAUCAUCGAAUCAGAUAAGCGCCUUUUCGAAAUCUUCAACAAGUACUUCAUCAUUGAAUCAAAGCUCGAAAUCUAUUGCAACAACCCAGAAUGUCCAGAGUGGAAUCCAGUCAGCAGAUGCCAAACAAUUCCAUCAUAAAAAAACUGCUUUCACGUCAGAAGAAAAUGUUGCCAACUCUAUAUUGCAUAGAAAAGGCAAUUCAAAUGAAAACUAUCAAUUUGGUGGGCUAAGUACCAGCGGAAAAAUUCAAAGGCGUAGCAUAAACAAUUUGCAUGAGCAGUCUUCAGUAUUCAGUAACUUAAGCGGGGAAAGACAAAGUCAUAGCACUAUUCACAGGCAAAAUAGGGAACAUGAUUCCAAGUCGGUUUCUUCUCACAGCCAUCAAAAACAAGUAGAAUACAAUGGUAUAGCGUUCCCAUCAUAUGGUCAAGAUCGGACGAUUACUCGAAGAACCGGCAAUCAGUCAACGUUUUCUUUAGGAAGUGACAAAUCGGUCUCAACCAGCCAAUACAAGUCUGAAUUUUCGAUAGUUCCAAACGCAACGUGUGCUGUCCAUGAUAUUAAAAGAGGUGCUUUUCAUCAUACAAGGGAUACAAAAGAUCACAAGUUCUUCAAAUCUACAUUGAAUUGAAAGAUUGAAAUCUUGUUCACAUAUCGCACCUAAUCAUACCUAAUAAGAAUUUUUUUUCCACUAACAAUAUUCACAUAAACUUUAAAAAUAAAUAUGAGUUUUUUCAAA